UGUCGAAUAAUUUAAAGUACGAUUCAAAACUGACCGGACCUCUUCAGAGAAAAUGCUGGCGAUACCCCUUUUUCAAAGUGCAAGAAUUGUUCUUUCAACAUGCAGAAAAGCUGUGUUUGGCAUCCAGAAUCGAACUAUAAUGAAACAGGGAACUAUCAAUACAACCCAUUGUCGAAACUUACAGUCAUUAUCCACAUCCAGCAUGUUUGGAAACCCUCAGAGUGAUGCAUACUCGUGUCCGAGGCGCAGCAGUUUACUGAAUGUACCAUCCAGUGCUAACCUAAAGCAGGUGCGAUACCUCAAACAACCCGUGAAUCCUAACAAGAAAAUAAGAUACCCGUACUACAGGUACAGAUUCAGUGCCUGGAAGAGAAUUCACAAGUUUGGAUUAGAAGCCAGAUUGUCCAGCGUGUCACAGAAAAAAAUCUUGUGGAGAAGGUUAAUCAAAGGCAGGCCAUAUUUAACUGUGUGCGAUAGAAUUCUGGAUCAUAGUAAUCGAACUGUACCUAACAGAGAGAAGCCCCAAUUACGGAAACUGGGCAAGAAAACUAACUUUCCUAUCUAUUCUUACAAACCGCCUUUGUUUAAAUUUAGAGGUGACUGAAUAAAAAUUAUCAAUCUUA